GCCGCCACCGCCCGCCCGUGCUCCCGCUCCCCGCCUGCUUGCCCGCGGGUUUCCAGUGAAGAAACUGCCUGAGUCCUAGAACGCGCGCCUCGCGGAGCAGCCCGCCCCGCGAAAAGGGACUCCAGAACUGCCUGAGCUAUGGCCGCCAUCCGAAAAAAGUUGGUUAUAGUUGGUGACGGUGCAUGUGGGAAGACAUGCUUGCUGAUUGUCUUUAGCAAAGACCAGUUCCCUGAAGUUUAUGUGCCCACAGUGUUUGAAAAUUAUGUAGCAGAUAUUGAAGUGGAUGGAAAACAGGUAGAGUUGGCUUUGUGGGACACAGCUGGUCAAGAGGAUUAUGAUCGCCUUAGACCUCUUUCCUACCCAGAUACUGAUGUUAUACUUAUGUGUUUUUCCAUCGAUAGUCCUGAUAGUUUAGAAAACAUCCCAGAGAAGUGGACCCCAGAGGUGAAGCAUUUCUGUCCCAACGUGCCCAUUAUCCUGGUUGGGAACAAGAAGGAUCUUCGAAAUGAUGAGCACACAAGGUGGAAACUGGCCAAGAUGAAACAGGAGCCGGUGAAACCUGAAGAAGGCAAAGAUGUGGCAAAUCGAAUUGGUGCAUUUGGGUAUAUGGAGUGUUCAGCAAAGACCAAAGACGGUGUGAGGGAGGUUUUUGAAAUGGCCACAAGAGCAGCUUUGCAAGCCAGACGUGAAAAGAAAAAAUCCCGGUGCCUUGUCUUAUAAACACAAUGGAAAGCCCAACCCUCACUCGGUUAAUUUUUGAAGUGCUGUUUAUUAAUCUUAGUGUAUGAUUACUGGCCUUUUUCAUUUAUUCUAUAAUUUACUUUAAGAGAUUUACAAAUCAGAAAUCAUCUUGCUACCAGUAUUUAGAAGCCAACCAUGAUUGUUUAAUGACAGUCUGUGUCCAACACAUCUGUGCUCACCAGGGUCCCUCUGACAUUACUCUUAAUAACCUUCCUCAUUCUCCCAACCAGCACAUCUAGCACUAAUUCAAGGGAAUUCUUAAAUUCUUGCUUCUUUCUACAAAGAGAAAAAGGUGAUAACUUUUGUGAAUUGGGCUUUAACUACUUUUAUAACUAACCGUCCUGUUGCUGUCAGCUGCAGGGCCCUCUGGGGAAUAAAUACAGUCACUUCAGAGCAGGACUUCUUACAAGGCUUUUAUUGGUAUAGCUCUGGGGUAUUAUUCAAUUGUUUGAAAGGGGGAUAAGCCAAAGAUGGCGAGUCCCCAUGAAGCUGUGGCAAAGCUACAGUUCUGUUGUUUCAUGUUAGUUACCUUAGAGUUACUGUGUAAUUAGUGCCACUUAAUGUAUGUUACCAAAAAAUAAAUAUAUCUACCCCAGCUUA